GGCUCGGGCGGAGAGAGGAGCUGCUACGCCACAGCCCAGCGGCGGCCAUUCGCGGAAAAAGAGGCAGAGCCUGUGCCAGCUACAGCCUCCUCCGAGCCACCGCGGGCGGGCGGGACCGGCCUCUCCUCCCGCCUCGCCCCCACCCCCACCCACCUCUAUCCCAGUGUCUCCAUCUGAGGGUUUGUCCUGUUAAUGCGGGAUGAGCGACCAGAAGAAGGAGGAGGAGGAGGAGGCGGCAGCGGCAGUGGCGAUGGCUACAGAAGGAGGGAAAACCUCUGAGCCAGAGAAUAACAAUAAAAAACCCAAAACCUCAGGCUCCCAGGACUCUCAGCCCUCUCCUCUGGCUUUACUGGCAGCUACUUGCAGCAAAAUAGGGACUCCUGGUGAAAAUCAAGCAACUGGACAACAACAAAUUAUUAUAGAUCCAAGCCAAGGACUGGUGCAGCUUCAAAAUCAACCACAACAGCUAGAACUGGUAACAACACAACUUGCUGGAAACGCUUGGCAACUUGUUGCCUCCACUCCCCCUGCUUCAAAAGAAAAUAAUGUUUCUCAACCAGCUUCUAGUUCAUCUAGUUCUUCUAGCAGUAAUAAUGGGAGCGCAUCUCCUACAAAAACGAAAUCAGGUAAUUCUUCCACCCCUGGUCAGUUCCAAGUCAUACAAGUACAAAAUCCAAGUGGUAAUGUACAAUACCAAGUGAUUCCACAACUUCAGGCAGUGGAAGGCCAGCAAAUCCAAAUCAAUCCUCCUACUAGUUCAUCUCUGCAGGAUUUGCAGGGUCAAAUUCAGCUCAUCUCUGCAGGUAAUAAUCAAGCUAUACUCACGGCUGCUAACAGGACAGCUUCUGGGAAUAUUCUUGCUCAAAACCUGGCGAAUCAGACAGUUCCAGUCCAAAUUAGACCUGGUGUUUCAAUACCACUGCAAUUACAAACCCUCCCUGGUACUCAGGCUCAAGUUGUAACGACCCUACCAAUUAACAUCGGAGGAGUGACUUUAGCUUUGCCAGUGAUAAACAACGUGGCUGCUGGAGGAGGGACUGGACAGGUUGGCCAGCCUGCUACUACUACUGAUAAUGGGACUUCCAAUGGAAAUCAGUUAGUUUCCACACCCACCACCACCACUGCUUCUGCCAGUACUAUGCCAGAAUCUCCAUCCUCGUCCACUACUUGCACAACCACUGCUUCAACAUCUCUGACUAGUAGUGACACAUUAGUGAGCUCAGCAGAUACGGGCCAGUAUGCAAGCACAUCAGCUAGUAGUUCUGAACGCACCAUUGAAGAAUCUCAAACACCUGCUGCCUCUGAAUCUGAAGCUCAGAGCUCUAGUCAGCUUCAGUCUAAUGGACUACAGAAUACACAGGAUCAAUCAAAUUCUCUUCAGCAGGUGCAAAUUGUAGGCCAGCCUAUUUUACAACAGAUCCAGAUCCAGCAGCCUCAACAACAGAUUAUUCAGGCCAUUCCACCACAGUCAUUUCAACUCCAGUCAGGGCAGACAAUUCAGACCAUCCAGCAGCAGCCUUUGCAGAAUGUUCAACUUCAAGCAGUAAAUCCGACUCAGGUGCUUAUCAGGGCUCCAACUUUAACACCUUCAGGGCAAAUCAGUUGGCAAACUGUACAGGUUCAGAAUAUUCAGAGUCUUUCAAAUUUGCAAGUUCAGAAUGCUGGAUUAUCCCAACAAUUAACCAUCACCCCAGUGUCUUCAAGUGGUGGCACAACUCUUGCUCAGAUUGCUCCUGUGGCUGUUGCUGGUGCCCCAAUAACUCUGAAUACUGCCCAGCUUGCUUCAGUGCCUAAUCUUCAGACAGUGAGUGUUGCCAACCUGGGUGCUGCAGGCGUUCAAGUGCAGGGAGUUCCUGUUACAAUCACUAGUGUUGCAGAGGCAGUAAUGAACCAGGAAAAAAGAAACAACACAUCUGUCAUAUUGAAGGAUGUGGAAAAGUGUAUGGCAAAACAUCUCACCUACGAGCACACCUUCGCUGGCAUACUGGAGAAAGACCUUUUGUAUGCAACUGGAUGUUUUGUGGAAAAAGAUUCACGAGGAGCGAUGAGCUUCAGAGACAUAGAAGAACCCAUACAGGUGAAAAGCGAUUUGAAUGCCCGGAAUGUUCUAAAAGAUUUAUGCGGAGUGAUCAUCUCUCCAAACAUGUCAAAACGCACCAGAAUAAGAAAGGUGGUGGGACAGCUCUUGCCAUUGUUACCUCGGGAGAACUGGACUCAUCUGUUACAGAGGUGCUUGGCUCCCCGAGAAUUGUUACAGUUGCAGCCAUUUCUCAAGAUUCAAACCCAGCAACUCCCAAUGUUUCAACCAAUAUGGAAGAAUUCUGAGAAGUUGUUUAUACAGAGACCUCUAGUGCUGCACUUAAGUUUACACACCUUUGAAAAUCUGGAAAUGGGCUGGUCAAGUGGAUUACAGAGUAGUAGGAAAUCAUGUUUUUGUUCUUGGAUUCUUUAUGUACUCCAGCGUUUUGGGUCAACACGCGAAGUGUUGAAUUUUCACGAUUACAAAAAGCAAACUGAUGUACUGGAAACAUAUGGAAGAGUAUUUCCUCCGUACUAUAAGUUGUAGUUAUUUGAAAAUAUAUCACAUAACCUUUAAUCUGAAUCUUCCCCUCUCAAUAUCAUGUGUUAACAUGUUUAAAAAGACAGACCUCAGUAGUUUGUAGGCUGGACCUUAAUUAGACUUGUUUUCUUUCAAAGUACUUUAUUAUAAAUUCAGUCAGUAAUAAUUUAUGUGUAUUUCCUUUUUUUCUAUAGCACAGAAAAACAUAGUUAACUGAUGAUAGGGAUAAUAUUGUAUUUCCUUUGCCUGAUUUCUGGAAAAUCAACUGAAAACCGUUUUGGCCGUCUUUUCUAAAUGUUAGAAAUUGUUCAGCAGCUGAAUUAGGUAAAUUCCAAAAAAGUAAUCUGAGGUGCAUCUCAGAUCUUUAUUACCACUACAUUGUAGUAGUGUGUAUGCAGACAAUCAGUGGAGUCCGGUUACUUCUCCAUGUGGAGACACGAGGAAUUUAGAACUGAAUCUUAGGUUAAAUUUUAGAUUGAAACCUUAGGAAAAUGCUGGAUAAAAUGGUUAAAACAGAACUCAUAAUAGCUUCAGAAAAAUAACAAAACAGCUUAACAUGAAAAGUUUUAAAGUUAGGAUUGAUUAUAUUCCUAACCCUAGGUUGAACCACAAAUUCAUUUUAAAUGUUUAUAUUGGAAAUAUUUGCAUAGAGUAUAAAUCAUUCUGUAGUUUCAUAUUCUGUAAAUAUGAGUUAUGUUGACAAUGUGCAGAAUUCUUUAUGCUUUGACUUUGUAGCCAAAGAAAGAAUUAUCAAAUUAAUUAUCACACUUCUUUUAAGGCCAGCAGAAAAUUGUCUUACAAUUCCAUGAUUAUUUUCUUUUUCCUCUCUCCAAAAAAUUGGCCAAUUUCAUUUUAUUUCUUGUACCGUGUUAGAAGAUUGAUAAGGAACUCAUAACACAGUAACAUCUUUAUGUUAUGUCAGUUACUGAAUUUUCCAUUUAAACAGCCUAACAAAUAUAUAAUAGAUUUGCUAUUACAAAGCAAAAAUUAUUUUUUAAAAAUCAGAAUAAUUCUCAGUCCAAAAAAAAAAAUGUAUUUCAUUGUUUAUGCAAGGAAACUUAGGAAAGAUGGCCAAAAGUUUGAUAUGAAAAAAUUUGGAUUAUGCCAACAGCUUAAACAUUAGUAAGCUAUUUCAUGUUUCUAAAAAGUAUUUACACAGAAUCAUAAUUGGAUUAGCCAUUUGAAAACUAAAUUUUUUACCUACUUGGUUGAUUAACAUCAUUAGUUUGGGGACUGUGAAUACAGGUCCAUAUUUUCCUGUGCAUUCUCCAUUAUUUCAGGAAAAGUACUACUCAGAAUUUUUGCAUAAACAAAUAGUUUAUGCAAAUUCUUUUCCAAAAUUGUGAUGUUUUUGUGUACUUUUGAUGAAGGAGAAAUACUGUAAUGAUCACUGUUUACACUAUGUACACUUUAGGCCAGCCCUUUGUAGCGUUAUAUAUAACUGAAGGUCUUUUGUGCUUUCAGUUUGUAUAAAAAAGCUUUGAGAUUAAAGGAAAAAAAAAAAUUUUACACUGUGGUUAUAGAUUUCAAGUUUCUUAAAGCUUUUGUAGACUUGUAACAGAGUCUUUAAAUUUUAGUUGGAUUUUGUAAAUUGUUUUGUAUAUUUUAUUUAAUGUACUCUUAACAACUGAUGUACCUGGCUUUAAAACAUCAGAAUCAAAUUUUUGUUGUUUUGUUUGGUACAGAGGAGCAUUUGGUAGUGUUAAUUUUAAUUUUAUUAUAUAGGAGCUGAAACAUCAGAUAUAUAUUUUAUCUAUCAUUAUGCUACACAAUCAGUGCUAUAAAUUUUUUUAUGCAAAGAAACUUUCUUAAUGUUUUAAUCAUGUUUCCUCAGAGUGACUUUUUGUUGUUGUUGUUAAUACCAGGUAUGAAGCACUCUGCACCAUUAUCCCAUGAACCAGUUUUAAUGCAUACUUAGGUAAGCUGAUCAGAAAGGAAAGUUAUUUUUUAAUCAACAAUGAGGCCUAUUAUAAAUUUAUCAAACCGAAUCUGGAUAGCUUUAUAGCAUAUAAAAUAUAUUAAUUUGUGUUAGCAGGUGCACAUUUCACCACUGGAAUUAGAAAUAUUUUGACAGUCUGUUCUGCAUACCAUUCUGAGUCCACUUUUUCUGUCUUAUAAGAAUCGUAAAUUUCAGUGUCCUUUAUUUGACUCAGUGGGAUAUAGCUGUUAUAAGUAAUAGGGCACAGAUGUGCAGUAGAGUCUUGUUUAAUGGCAUUUCACUGUUCAUUCCCUUUGCAACCAUUAUAAAACUUUUCUUUAUUGUAAUUAUCAGUGCAAAGCUAUGUAUUUAUCAUGGUAGAACUCCAGUGUUAGAGCAGUUUUUCCUUAUAGUAUACUUUCUUUGGUUAGGUUUGUGUAUGUGUUGCUGAUUACAUUAGAACUUGAUGUUAAGUCAUUAUUUAUCACACUCUCAUGAGAGCAGUAAUAAAAGUGUGUAAUCUAGGAGAAAAAGUUAAUUUGUCAAACUUAGAUAAGCAUGAUGUUUAGGUCCUAUUUUUCAAUUUUAUAACUGUUUUAUUGCAACAAUAUUUGUAUUUAAGUCUUCAUUUUAAUGCCUUGUGGUGUUUUUUUUAUGCAUGUCACUAAGUUGUCAUCCCACAUAAAUUGAUGUGCAGCAUAGGGUAUUAAAUCUACAUAAUGAUUUUAAAACAGAAAUAGUUGAUGGUAAAAUGUAAAUGUUUUGCAAAAAAUCCUUAUAAAAAGUUUUGUAGUAACAUUUCACUUGUAAAUUUUUUUGUAAAAAAAGAAAAGAAAAAAAAAAAAAGAUUCCAGAAAAAAAAACCUGUUUC